AUGACUAAGUAAUUGAAUAUCUUAGAUAAACAAUCAAUCCUUAUUGCCAUUUCAAUCGUCUUAGCAUGUUCUAUUCAUUCUGGAUAGUAGUAAAAUCUUAAUGAAAUAACUUGGCCUUUUUAUGUUACUAUUGUUUCUAUCAUUUUAGCAUACUUUAAUAGAAUUUUUGAUAAAAUUGAUCGCAUCAAAAAAAAAUUAUUCAUCUAUCUUCCACUUAACUUCGUUCUAAACCUAAAAUUUAGAAAACCUUUGAAACAAGUUAAAGUAAAUUUCCAAGAAUUUAAAAAAGAUUUUGAAUUUUAAAAGAAUAUUUAUUAACUUUAGCUAGGGAAAAUUUUAAAGUUAGAAAGUAAAGAAAAUAUUCAAUUUGUUAGGUUUAAGUAAGAAUAAUAACAAUAAUGAGAAAAUAGUAAUUAGCUAUAUUAUAUGA